UGCUUUUUAACUGAGCUUUCUGCUCACACCCAGUCCUUGCACUCUGAAAUAGUCCAUGGAAAAAAGGCAGGAGCAAAGCGAUCAGCUGAAGUGAAAACCGUGUCACUUCGCUUCUGUCGAUCUGAACUCUCUUGGUUGUCACUUUAGGAUAUUCGAAAUUCCUCGGCAACAUUUUUUUUUCAUCGCUUAUCGGGAGGCUUUCUUGUAGCCCGAGAUGUUUGACCUGGAAGGCGGCUGGAACAUUUCCUUCGCUGGAUGCGGGUUUCUGGGGGUUUACCAUGUCGGAGUGGCGAGCAGUAUCCAGGAACACGCUCCUUACCUGAUCCGGGACGCCAGCAGGAUCUAUGGCGCAUCUGCCGGGGCGCUUACUGCCGCCGCCGUGGUGUGCGGGGCACCGCUGGAUACUUGUUGUGCAGACGUCAUGAAAAUAGCUAAAGAAGCCAGGAAAAGAAACUUGGGACCUCUGCAUCCAUCCUUCAACUUAGUAAAAAUAAUACGAAAUGGACUUUUCAGGAAUCUUCCAGAAAAUGCACACCAGCUAGCCACAGGCAGGCUCUGCAUUUCUCUUACCCGAGUACCUGACGGUGAGAAUGUGCUGGUGUCUGAGUUCAACUCCAAGGAAGAACUUAUCCAGGCUCUGAUCUGCAGUGCCUUUGUUCCAAUUUACUGUGGACUCAUUCCACCGUCUUUUCGAGGAGUGCGUUAUGUGGAUGGAGGGAUCAGCAACAACUUGCCUCAGUAUGAAUUGAAGAAUACAAUAACUGUGUCUCCGUUCUCUGGAGAAAGUGAUAUAUGUCCUCGAGACAACCCCAGCAACUUCCAUGAACUCCGUGUUACCAACACCAGCAUCCAAUUCAGCCUGGGAAACCUAUAUCGACUGACUCGAGCACUCUUCCCUCCAGAACCAAAGGUGCUUGGUGAAAUGUGCCAUCAAGGUUAUGAAGAUGCACUUCGAUUCCUCAAAGGAAAUAACCUACUUGAAAUGCCUGUUCUCGUAGAUGAUUUGACUCCUGUCACUUCAUUGAGGGCGACCACCACACCCUACAUCCAGAAUCAGGACAAUCAUUACAGCAUAACUCGGCUCAUGGAAGAGGGGGUGGCAACAAUGGUUACAGACGGAGCUUCAACAAUAAAAUCGAAUAACAAACAACUGAGGAAACCGUAUUGGUCAUCGGCACUGGAUGAAAGAAUAAUAGAGAAUCUACCACCAAGACUUCGUAACGCAUUGCAUGAAGCGUGUAAAGAGAAAAGUGGCCUUUAUGCACAGCUUAGCAACCUCUUCCUGGUUAGAAUGGCAUCCUAUGUGAUGUUACCUUACACACUACCAUUGGAGUCCGCCUAUUCUUUUGGCUGCAGGUUAGUGGAGUGGCUUCCUGAUGUCCCAGAGGAUGUUUGCUGGAUGCGUGAACAAUUAUGCAUUAUUGGUGGUGUUAUUUAUCAUCGAGCAACAAAGCGGUUUGGUCUGCAACCAUGUUCUAGUGUUCAGCCGAACAUACCUCUGAGAAAAUGCUUGAGCCUACCAAUUAAUUCAAACCAGUACCAGCCUUACCUCACUUCUCAAAUCUCCACUGUGGAACUUAACUCCCAGCAUUAUGAGCUCCCCAGCUCCUUAGAUCCAAUGGUGAACGAAUCUGUUGCUUUGGUGAAACGGGAUCUGGCAACUUCGGGCAAGAAAAUUGAUUUCUUCACUAGUUCAGAUAAUUUCUGAAUGGUGAUGAAAAGUUUGCAAAGACAGCUGACCAGGAAAUCAUUUCUAACAAUGGUUCAAAGAUUGGAAUGAAGGUCACAAAGUUGGCCCUCGGACCAAUUGGUUAGAAAUGUAUGUAUCACCUAUUGCACAGUGAUAAUUAUUUUAGUUAGUCAGAGGAAACCUAGUUCUUCUGCUUUCAAAUCAAUAAUCUUAAAGCCAUUUCCAAACUUUGUCAUUACACAGAACUGUGUUGUCGCGCUAUCGAACUGCUUUCAAGAACUCAUGUUAUGAAUUGUGUAGGCCAUUGCUUAUGUUUGCACUUUAUUGUUAACUAAAUUCAGUCAGUUUCCCCAGCGUCAGUGAUUAGUUCCCAACUAUUUAUGGUUCAUCAACUCAGAUUAGUAUUUAUCAUUCUAAAAGCUUUUAUAGUCUGAUACCUUAAAUAUGUUAUUUACAUAAACAGCAGAAUCACUGAAUUUUAAACUACUUAUAAUGCAUAUCGAGUUUAAUCCAUGCAUUAGUUUUACGUCACUUCUUUGUACAUAUGCUGUCACUAUUCGUGUACUCUUUUAUUUUGUACUUGACUGAAGAAGCAAAACUGAUUUCAUUUGUUAACUAAAGACCUUCUAAGAAAUUUAUGGUUGUAACUAAUACCUGUUGAGUGUUCUUGCCUUUGGGGCUUCUUUCAUACUUAAAUAUUUGUAAAUGCAGUGGAACCACCAUUGACUAAUUUCUCGAUUUAAACUUUAAAAUCUUGUACAAAAAGUCAUCCUUUUACGUGUUCUACUGAUUCUUAUUUUUCUGACUUUAAUCAGUCUUGCACUACCAGAAACAUUAAAUUCAAUUAAUGUUUGUAUUGUACUUUAUUCCUGUGCCUUAAGAAUUGCUUUAACAAUUAAGUUUUUACAUUUAGAUUGUUUGAUUACCUGCUGCUAUCCACUAUCAGUGACAGAACAUGGGACCUCCAUUGAAUGAACUUGUGCUUCUUCAGUUCUGAAUAAUGUAGGUGGAUACAUAUGUGUUUCUCAAACCAGAAUGUACCUUGUUGUUCAUUCCAGUGAAAUGACUGGAAACCUGAAACUGCUGGGGAAAAAAUUUGAUAUUUACAUACUCUCACUCUGAUAAGACUAUUUUGGCUGUGGUGCUGUUUUCACUGAUUUUUUUUUUGGAAAAAGUAUGAAAAUCUCCUGCUGUGCCUUUUUAUUUGUCAGUUCCAAUUAUUGGCAAAUACCUCAUAAUUAUCCAAGUCAGCAUUUGAACACUAAACCUUUUAAUAAAUGUAAUUAUGUUUACCUCUCUCCAAUAUUUUUAUGGGCAAAUAAAGUAUUGAAUAAAACCA